AUGCAAAACCCUGAGUCAGAAGCAAGUAACCUCCGACCUGUAAGACAGACUUCAGUGCCCGCUCACCUGGCAGAGUAUGAUCUCAGUGGACCAGGGGCCCAGAGCCAGUUCAAGUCAGCAUCCAGAGCCACGGGCCUUCCACAGAGAGAGCAUUCGCCGCCAAGAUCCAUAUCUCCUAUCAGUCAGAACUUUGAAGGUAUUGAUGAAGUACAGGAGCCAGAGCUCUCCAGUUCUCCAGCUCGUGCCACAGGAGGACAGGAGACCACCUGCAUCCCAGAGUUAAGUGCUGCCCUCAUAGAGAUGCGUCGGGACAAUGCUGAGCUCCGUACCCAGUUCCAGAGCCUGAUGACUGCAUUCCAAGCCCAGUCCCAGUCCCAGUCCGCAGUCCACCAGCCUCUUUCCCAGUUACCUCGCAGUGCAGAUUGUGGUAACUAUGUACAACGCUCUCAGCUCCAACCCCAAGUUAAUGCUCCAGCCUGCCAACCACUAUAUUAUUCCAGCCCCCGGGAUAACAUAGCACAAGUUUUCUCCAGAUUGGACGUCUCCCAAGUGCCUGGAGCUCUGCCUAACCCCCCGUACUAUGCAGCCACUCCCCAGCAAAGUGUUCCCCGUGCAGACCUGUAUGGGCAGAGAUCUCAAGCUCACUCUUACAACCAAGUAAGUGAUGCACAGAACGGCACUCCAUAUACAGGCAGUUACCCCUCAUACACUCAGAAUGCCUAUGCGCAUAACCCACAGAGGGAGCGCACAUAUAGGGGACCAAAGCCCACAAUCCCAUGCCUCACUGCACCAAACCCCAGAGAGUUCUCCAGGAUGAAAGUGGCACUAGAGAACCUCCUACCGGAAGACGCCACAGAGCGGUACAAAUACCAGAUCCUCACAGACCACCUUAAGUGUGAGGAAGCCUCACUUGUGGCCGAUUCGUACUGUAACUCUAUGCAGCCAUACACAGACACCAUGCAGGCUCUAACCAAAAUGUAUGGACAGCCCCACAAACUGGCUGUGCAGCGCAUCGCAGAGCUCAUGGAUGCUCCCAAUAUCCGCAGUGGGGAUGUGAGUAGCUUCCGUCUCUUUGCGCUCACUGUGCGGUCUUUAGUUGGCAUGUUACAGCAGCUGGGGCAGAGAGGCCAGAUAGAGCUAAUAUGUGGCUCACAUGUGUCACGCUUACUGAGUAAACUCCCGCAUGACCUUAAUGCUAACUUCAAGAGGUUCAUUCACCCACUCAGAGUUGCCAUUCCCACCCUAGUUGAUUUCGCGGAUUGGCUCGAAUAUGAGUUGGAGGUACAGGAAGACUGCAUUAAGCCCACGAAGAGAGAGGAUUGGUCCAAUAAGAAAGCAGAGACCAAGCGCCCUCAUAAAUCCUCCACUAAGUCUGCAUCAGUCCUUCUGAGCACAGAGAAAGCCCCAGCACCACAGUCAGCCUUAACCCCUGCACCAGACCACACAGCCAACCAACCAAAGAGUGCAGAUAAGAUGAGAGCUUAUUGUCCCUACUGCGACCAUGACAAGCACUUUUUGAAUAAUUGUGCCAACUUUAAAGGCCUGAGCAAAGAGCAGAAGGUGGCAUGGAUCAAAGUUAACAAUAAGUGCUGGCGCUGUGGUCGUAAUCACCAGGCUGCAAAGUGCACACUCAAAGCCCCAUGUAAAACAUGCAAUCGGAGACACCUGUUAGUGCUGCAUGAGGUCAAUGAGAGGUCAGAGGAGGAACGGGUACCCGCUACACCCCCCACAGAGAGCUGUCUUGUAAACACCACCAAUAAAGUUAUGUACGUUGAUCGCCCAGUAUACAACUGUAAAGUGCUGCUGAAGAUAAGUAAGGUGGUUCUGAGAAAUGGAGACCAGUGCUUGGAAACAUACGCUGUAUUGGACGACGGCUCUGAGCGAACCAUUCUCCUCCAUUCGGCAGCGAAACAGUUGGGCCUCAAAGGCAGUAAAGAAGUGUUAGCCCUCCGCACCGUCAAACAAGAGGUGGAGAGGCUUCACGGAGCAUCAGUGUCCUUCUCUAUUUCUCCAGCUGGCAACCCAGAGAAGGUACUCGGUUCAGUCAGAGUCAAAAAGAACGACAACACGGCACCAGCGCCAUCUGUCAACGCUGUGAUAAAUGUCCAUGUUUACAGCUAA